AAAGAAAAAGGAAAAAAAAAAAGAGCAGCAAAAGCAUUGCACGCACUUGAAUUAAAGACGCAUUGAUAGCCCACCAACACCUUUCUCUCUCUCUAUCUAAUUCUUGGUGGGCACUGGGCAGAGAGAGGGAGAGAGAGAUACCGGCAUAUGACUUCCUUAAUAACACCCCACCGCCGCCAAAUUCUUGAAAAUCAAACCCAAAAAGCCAAAGAAGAAAAGAAAAAAAAAAUUACACAUACAAAUUUCAGUUAGCAGAUAUUCAUAACAACCUCAGCUGAAACGCUGCCCUGUUUAUAGGAGCCCAUUUUCUCUCUGAGCUCUCACUUAAAAAGGGUUGGCAAAAUUUUAGGCAAACAAGUUACAUAGGGGAAAAAAAGGAGGAAUCUUGAACAAUGACUCAGAUGGUGGUCGCCGGCGGCGGAGAGGGCUCCGGCGGGCGUGCGGUGGUGGUGGGGGUGAAGCUGGACGCGCGGAGCAGGGAGCUGCUGACGUGGGCUCUGGUGAAGGUUGCUGAAGCUGGUGACCGUGUGGUUGCCCUUCAUGUUCUUGACUACAAUGAAAUUGUGAACCGUGAUGGAAAAUCGUCCCUACUCGCCAUGGUCAAAGCGUUCGACUCGAUCCUCGAAGUCUAUGAAGGUUUCUGUAAUUUGAAAGAGGUGGAUCUCAAACUAAAGAUCUGCAGAGGCUCGUCCGUACCGAAAAUCCUUGUCCGCGAAGCCAAAGCUUAUAAUGCUUCCGAGGUUAUUGUAGGGACCGCUCAAACUCACCACAAAAUUCGCUCGUCGGCCUCUGUUGCUAAACACUGCUCGAAAAAGCUGCCAAAGGAUUGCUCGAUAUUCGCGGUGAACAAUGGCAAAAUCGUCUUUCACCGAGAAUCAAGUUCUUUCUCCCGUGUCAGCAUUAAAGAAGUCGAACAUCACCGUAGGAAUCGGUUACUAACAGCCAUCCAAAGAUCCUUCAGCAAGAACAUUAAAGUUCGUGAUAAUUUUAAUUCAAAAAAGCCGAGGUUGACUUGGGAUGAGAAAAACACUCCUCCCGAACGAAUUUGUUCACCAGACUCGUUUAGAUCAAACAAAGAUGACUCAUUUACUCGACUGGACAAAGAUCAUGAGACCUCGGACGAUCAAAACAAAACAAUCGACUACUCUAUGGCUAUAGUUCCUGUACAAAAGCAAGAAGCUUCAUCGAGCUUGAUUACUCUUCUAUUACAAGAAUUGCCCGAAACGAAACCCGGAUGGCCCUUGCUCCGUAGAGCAGUCGUUUCAAACAAAUCGUUUUAUGAUAAUAUGCAAGUGAGGCAGAUGUCGGUGGUCCAGUGGGCCCUGAGGCUGCCGAAUAGGUACUGUUUGGCAAUCGAGAACUCAAAAAAUGAUAUUUUGGAUUGUGAACGUGAAAAUUCAUCGAGGGCGAUUGUUCCGGUUGGAAACGAGAGUUUUUGGGUCCAAAUGUCGCCGGAUAAUAUAUCGGGAGGCUUGCCGGAGGAGCUUGAAGGUCUUGUAGAGAAAUACUCGGCCACUUGUAGGUUGUUUAGUUUUCAAGAGCUCGUGAAGGCCACAUCCAAUUUCUUUCCAGGGAAUAUGAUAGGUAAAGGAGGCAGCAGUCGGGUUUACAGAGGUUACCUUCCGGACGGCAAGGAACUUGCCGUGAAAAUCUUGAAGACUUCAGAAGAUGCUGUAAAAGAGUUCGUUUUAGAAAUCGAGAUCAUUACAGCCUUACAUCACAAAAACAUCAUCUCGCUUUUCGGAUUCUGUUAUGAGGAUAAGAAGAAUCUCCUCUUAGUAUAUGAUUUUCUAUCAAGAGGAAGCCUUGAGGACAAUCUUCACGGUCAUAAAAAGGAACCACUGGUUUUUGGGUGGAAUGAGAGGUUUAGAGUUGCUAUUGGUGUGGCUGAGGCUUUGGAAUAUCUUCACAACCGCAAAGAAGAUCGACCUGUGAUUCAUAGAGACGUUAAGUCGUCAAACAUACUUUUGUAUUUGGCUCCCGAAUAUUUCAUGUACGGGAAAGUAAACGAGAAAAUCGAUGUGUACGCUUAUGGAGUUGUGCUUCUAGAACUUCUGUCAGGUAGAAAGCCUAUAAGCAACAAUUGUCCAAAAGGCCACGAGAGCCUUGUUAUGUGGGCAAAACCGUUUUUGAAUUCCAAUAAAUUUUCUGCUUUGCUGGAUCCCGAUUUGAGCAGUAGUUAUUAUCACGAACAAGUGGAGAGGAUGGUUUUAGCGGCCUCACUCUGUAUCAGACGUGCACCAAGAGCCCGGCCCCAGAUGAGCCUAAUUCUAAGGCUUCUCCAAGGGGAUGUCGAUGUGGUGAAUUGGGCAAGAUUGCAAGUGAAUGCUUGUGAAGGGUCUCAAAUCGAGCUAGACGAUGAAAAUUUUUCAAAAUCUAAUCUCCAAUCCCACUUGAAUCUUGCAUUGCUUGGCGUGGAUGGGGAUUCUGCAUCGACAAGUAGCAUCGAGCAAACCAUUUCUUUAGAAGAUUAUCUUGAAGGCAGCGCCUCCUCACCGACGGGUGCCUUGCACCCCAGCGACGUCGCCCGACUUCUGACCGACUCCCACUCAGGCUGUGCACCCGCCGACGGGCUCUCAGUUCCAUUUCCUUUUCUAUGUGGGCUUUAUCCUUGUCCUUCUCUGGAUGCCAUGGCGAUUAGUUGUGUGGAGUCCAAUGGCGGCCAGAGGUUCGCUGCGACUGGUGUCAGUUGCUGCUUUGAGUUGUCGGGGUUGAGGUCGGCGCCUCGAUUUUUCCCUGAUCCGACAAUCCUUGUUGUUGGAAUGGGGAUCCCUCCAGUAGGGGCAAUUUCUUGGUUGCGGCUGCCGAUUGUUGUGGUGGGGGAGUGGUGUUGGUUGAUUGCCUUUGGAGUUGGUUCGAGUGGUGGCGAUUCGGGGUGGCUUUCCGGCUAG